AUGCUGUAUCAACACCGUACAUCAGUUUUUGUAUCUGGAGCUUCUGGUUAUAUUGCUCAACAUAUAAUCAAACAAUUAAUUGAAAAAGGAUAUAAUGUAGUAGGAUCAGUUAUAUCAGAAGCUAAAGGACAAGCAUUAACUCGACUUAUUGGACCAUUGCAUUUCACUUAUGAAGUUGUUCCUGAUAUCACUGCAAAAGCUGCAUUUGCUGAAGCAUUACAAAGACAUCAAGAAGUUAGAUAUUUUAUUCAUACUGCGACACCAUAUCAGUUUAAUCCAGAUGGAGGUAAUAAUGAAGAAAUGUUGCAAAAAGCAGUUGAUGCAACUCAUAAUACUUUACAAUCUAUUCAAUAUCAUGGAACUCAAGUAAGAAAAGUUGUAGUUACUUCUUCAAUCGUUUCCGUUGCUGGAUUUGGUUCAUUAUUUGAUCCAAAUAAAACGUAUACUGAGAAUGAUUGGAAUCCAAUUACUUGGGAAGAAAGUUUAGAUCCUGGUAAAAUUUAUUAUGGAUCAAAAAAAUUUGCUGAAUUAGCAGCAUGGAAUUACAAAAAAGAGAAUUAUACAUUUUAUAAACUUACUGUUAUAAACCCAGUUUAUGUAUUUGGACCACAAGCUUAUGAAUUUACUGAUACGGCAAAUAUGGCAACUACAGCAGAGAAGAUUAAUUCAAUUGCAAAUUUAUCAAAGGAUGAUCCAAUACCUGAAUUAUGGGGAGAUUAUGUUGAUGUAAGAGACGUUGCUAAAGCUCAUGUAUUGGCACUUGAAAAUGAUGAGACUUCAAAUAAACGAUUACUUUUAGUCGCUGGGGGGUUUUCAAGUGAUAAGAUUGCUCACAUAAUAAAUGAAAAAUUUCCAAAUUGUAAAGUACCUGAUGGAGAUUUAAAAAGAGAUGAAGAAAAUAUGAAACGUAUACAUAAAAUUGAUGAUAGUAGUACUAAAGAUGUUCUUGGGAUUGAUUAUAUUCCUCUUGAACAAUCAAUAACCGAUUCGGUUAAACAGAUCUAUGCUGGUGUCUAA